AUGGCGCUGUUCAGCCCGUGGCCGAGCCCGAGCCCGAGCUUCCAGGUGCUGCGCAAGUUCUGCGAGCGCUCGGAGCACUUGCUGUGGUAUUUGUCCUCCAUCGAGGACCAGCGCUCCGAGGAACUUCGCCACUUGGGCGACGUUGUGUACCUCGACUAUGCCGGCGCUGCCCUGUACAGCCGAAGCCAAAUUCUGGCGACCCAGGACCUGCUCUUGGGCGGGUUUCUGGCGAACCCCCACAGCUGCAGCGAAAGCUUGGCGCAAGUGGAGAGGAGCCGGGACUUCGUCCUGCAGAUGUUCAACGUGAGCCGGAAGAGCCACACGGUCAUUUUCACCUCCGGCGCCACCCAAAGCCUGCACCUCCUCGGGGAGCAUUUCUGCUGGGCCGACUGCGGCCUCUUUCUCUACGCGGAUGAGAGUCACACCAGCGUGCUGGGCCUGCGCCAGUUCGCCGGUUGCUUCGGCAGCUUCGCGCUGGAGGACCUGCCGAAGUUGGCAGAGGAACGCCUAGAGGCGGCCCAGCUCAUUGCAGGCGGUUCCGCGCCGAGCGCCGCGAAGGCGCUGAAUCUCGUGGCCUUCCCCGGGGAGUCCAACUUCAGCGGCCUGAGGCCGGACCUCAGCGCCGUGGCAAAGCUGCGGGCCGGCGCAAGCGGCGGAAGGCGGUGGCGGGUGCUGCUGGACGCGGCGAAGCUGGCGAUGACGGGCCUGGACUUGUGCAAGGUGCCAGCGGACUUUGCCGUGGUGUCCUUCUACAAGAUCUUCGGCUACCCCACGGGCCUCGGGGCCCUGGUGGUGCGCCAGGACGCCGCCCACCUGCUGCAGCCAGGGGCCAAAGCCGGCGCGCCCGACUCAGCCGCCGGCGGCGAGGGCGAGGUUCGCCGCGCUCCGUACUUUGGCGGUGGCGCGGUGGCCUCGAUCUCCGCGCGCUCGGAGUUCUUCGUGCCGCGCCCGUGUCUGUCGGAGUGGCUGGAGCGUGGCACCCUGAACUUCCAGGGCAUCGCCGCGCUGCCGCGGCAGCUGGCGGCGCUCCGGCGCCUCGCGCCGGAUCUGCGGCGGAAGCUUCACGCGCAGGCGGUGUGCCGCGAGGCCUUUCUGCGCACGCGCAUGCGGCGGCACAGCAACGGCCUGCGCCUGAGCCGGAUCUUCGGAGCGCACGAGGAAGCCAGGUGGUCGGAGCUGCAGGGCCCCACACUCGCGCUGGUGCUGUUCUACGCGGACGGCUCGCCCAUCCCCUACGGCCUCGUGCAUGAGGAGGCCAAGAAGCGGAACAUCCUGCUGAGGGUAGGGUGCCACUGCAACGCGGGGGCUUGCCAGCGCUACCUCAACCUCAGCGACGCGGAUGUGCGACACUUCUACGCCGCCGGCAAGGUCUGCGGAGAUAACCUGGGGCUGGUGGACGGGCGCCACACCGGGGUGGUGCGCCUCUCCUUUGGGCUCUUCUCCACCUUGAAGCUGAGCUGA